AUGAAAGGCCAACUCAAGACUCUCAUCGCCUUAAUUGUGUUCACAGGCUUGGGAUGGACGAUAAUUCAAAUGAUCACAAGCUAUUACAGGAAACAAGGAGCAACCGAAUAUUUAAAAUCGGAAUCAAUUUCUACCAUGCGAGAGAAUGAAGUGGCUAAGAGUACAACAACAUCCACUACCACUACCACCACGAACCUCCUCAAAUCCAUAACGACCUCCGACGUGGAACUCGUAGAAAUAUUUUCCGUUGAAAAAGGUAUUUCCAGAAACAAGGCUUUUCAAAUGCAAGGAAAUCAAUGCACAGCCACAAGAAAUGCAGCAAAAGCAGCUUCUUCUCUCGAGGCACUCUCGACUUUUCAAAAAGAAAGUUGGCCUAAUUUUUCUCCUUCCGAAAAGGAAAUACAAAAUGAAACAGAUUUCAGAGAAUGGAUUUCAAAGAAUAUCGACUUGUGGAAAGGAAUUGUCAACAUGAAUCACGGUGAGGAGUUAGAUAUGAAGAAACUUGAACUAAAUUCUCUUGGUAUGACUCUCAACGCUAACCUUAAACCUGAUCAAGAUCAUAUUCCUAUUUGGUUACGAGUCUACAGAAGAGUUGAUCCGUUAAAGCAAGUUCUUGAUGCAGUGUGUCAAGUGGAUGACAUUAACAAAACCAUUCUUUUCGUUACAGUGGACGGCGACAAGUUUGAAAAUAUUAUUGAUCUAUUGUUGGGAGUGCAAUGUGUCAAAAUCAAGAUAUACUUUCAUCCAUAUUUCUACAAUAGAAAAUCACUCCAACUCACACAUAUAUCGAGCAAGGCUUUGGUGUUAAAUAUACAUUACUCGUAUGGAAUGUUCAUGUUAAUCUCUCUAUUCAAAUAUCCCUAUGUAAUCACCUUAGAAGAUGAUUUGCAACCCAGUCCUGACUUUUAUCUUUUCCAUAAAAUUCUCUACAGAGAUGUCUACGUGAAUAACAUCUUUAGAAAUAAGGAAAAGAUAUUUUCAAUUGGAGCAUAUACACACGGUCCUAUUGUGGAUUGUAAAUUUAUCACAAAUCGAUUGCUGAAUGAGGGAUCUUUGUGUAGUUUGAGACAUUUGAAUCAAUUGGUGACUGAGUUCUAUUUUCCAGGAUGGGGGUCUGGUAUUGAGAAUUCUAUAUUUUGGGAAUAUUGGAGUGUUUGGAAGAACCAUCCACAUGUGAUUUAUGAUGGUUUGUUAGCAAUGUUAAGGAGAGAUCGAUUCACUCUCAUUCCAUGUUCACCAAGAAUUCGUUUGUUGAGUAAUAUGGGUACCAAUGGUCCUGCCAAUCAUCGAUGGGACUUUUACUUGAGCUAUUUUGGAAGAUGGACAAGCAAUGAACAUCAACCCUACGAAAUUAUCAAUUCUAUAAUUUCAUAA